UCAUGCCUUCUUGCUGGGUUACUUAACCUCAGCGUGACAAUAAAAUAUACCUUUAUCGAAUUUUUACUAUUAUUGAUUUCACUGUGAAUUAUUAGAUACAAUUCAAGCAGAGUGUCUGAAUGUUAAGUCACUGAAGAUUCGAUUAGAGCGCCUCUUAUGGUACCGAUUCGUAAUUUAGUGGAUAAGAUGGACGAAAAUGGCAUGCGAGGUGUUGUUAAAUUUCAGUGAAAUGUUUGGUCACUCCAGCCGCCUAGGAUGGGAGGCUGCAUAGGUAUAACGAGGGCAAGAAACGCCUCUGUCGACGACACUACAGGAAAUUCGACGAGGGUAAAUUCAGGAAAUUCCAGAAAAAAUCAUCCGCUAUGUCACGAAGUCAUUAGGUGGAAGUCAGAUGUACCUUUGACAGAGGGUCAACUCAGAAGUAAAAGGGAUGAAUUUUGGGAUACAGCACCUGCAUUUGAUGGCCGUAAAGAGAUAUGGGAUGCAUUAAGAGCUGGUGCAACUGCAGCAGAAGCUCAAGAUUAUCAACUAGCACAAGCUAUAUUAGAUGGGGCUAAUAUAUCUGUGCCUAAUGGCUUUUUAACAGAAUGUUAUGACGAGUUAGGAACCAGAUAUCAAGUCCCUAUUUACUGCUUAUCGUAUCCUAUUAAUAUUGUAAAAGAAGACAGUGGAAGAGAUUCUCCCGCUGAUUGUUCAGAACCUGUUGAUAGUGGUGUCGAACAGACAUUAAAACUCAGAUUAUCAACUACAUUAGGUGAAGUUAAAUUACCUGUUUACAGCAAAGACACUAUUGCUACUGCUAAAAAGAAAUUGCAGAGUCAGGAGGGUUUGGAGCCAUCUCGUCAAAGGUGGUUUUUUGGUGGCAAAUUAUUAGGUGAUAAAAUGCAUAUAGAAGAAGCAAAAAUACAACCAGGUUAUGUUAUACAAGUAAUUGUGAAUCCAGAAAAAGUGGAUGACAGUCCAAUGAAAACAAGCUGAACUAAUGUAUACGUAAGAUACGAGUCAUACUGAACCAACCUUUCUAAUAAGCACUAUCUUACACAUGUUCAAGUAAGAAUACAUUUUUUUUUAAUUUUAUAUCAUGUCAUUGUUAAGGAUAGAGCAGCAAUUCUUGAAGUAAUUUUUUACAAUAAACUGCACUUACAACGUAUUUUUCGUAAUAUACGUAAAUGUUAUAAGAACUGAAUACUAUUGCGUUUAAAUUGUAGGUUGUGAUUAUUUAAUUUUCGUUAAUUUAUACUAGAUCAAAAGAAAAAUACUUCAGAGUGAUAACCUCGUAUGAGAAUACGCUAUUAGGGAAUUUUGAUUCAAAUUUAUGAUUGGUUUAAAAUUUAACAUAUAUAAAGAGAAAAAAAGAAGAAAAUUGGUUUGGAAAUAACAUUUAAUUCAUAUUUUGAAAAAGGUUAUACUCUAAUCCUGAUAUUGUCAAACUUAUUUGUUACUACCAACGAAGGUGCUGGUGCUGUAACACUCGGAAAACCAAGUAUACAUAUAGAAAAUUAUUCUAUGCUGCUUAUUGAACCAUGUUGCAUAAUUAUAUAAUGUAAGAAAUAAGUCGUACACUUAAAGAAGAUUGUAAUAAUAAAUAAGAGAAUUACAUAAAUAUUGAAUAUAAAAAAACAUCAAUGGACAAUAGCGAGAAAGGAACAAGAUAUAUGCUGCUUGUUAUGACGCAUUUUUUCUCAUUUUUUUAGAUUCCACUUUGAAAGUUUUUAAAAUGCAAGGUAAAUAUUUAUGAUUUUUAUUCAGAUCAAAUUAAUAGGAGCGGUUACUAAUAUUUUAUGUCACUUUUGCAUAAUAUAUAGGAGAUAAAAUUCUUUUGAUACUUUGUUUUUGACUUGGUUCUUUAAAUUUUUGUAAACAAACAGCGAGUGUUUAUAGGUCGUAAGUUUGCAUUAUUUGAUUAGAGUAUAUGUUCUUUUUAGGCCUAUCGAUGGCCUAAAAGCUACGAUUCCUUCCUGUAAGUACUAAUAGGAUAUCAAAUAAGGUCUUCACAGCCGAAUAAUGCACAGAGAAGAAAACAUAAGACUAAUAUUGAAUUGCAUGUGGUGCAGAAUGUAUAAUUUUUACACAAUUUUAUCUGCACAAUCGUCUUCACGUCUGUGUUAUUUGUGCUUAUGAUAAAAGUGUUGACACAAUAAAAACAGUACUACUAGUUCAAUUUUAAAUGGCACUUAAUUCUUACUUCUGCUCCACAUGUUGCACGAAAAAAAUUGUCUAAAGUAUAACUAUACAAAAAUGGCAUAUUGUGUGUGUGAAUUUAUUGACUGUACUAACACGACGGUGAUAAAGGUUUGUUUCUUAUAUGCAUUGAUCAUAAAAUUAUAAUAUAUAGUAUUGCGUGUGGGUGUAUGUAUAAUACAUAAUAUAUAGAGUAUAUAUGUAUACAGAUACAUAUAUCAGUUCCACUAUUCUCAAUUCGAGUGACAAAACAAAAAUAUUUAAUCUUAUAAAUAACUUAUUUAUAAAUCGGGUAAUCACGUGCAAAAUGACUGGAAGCAGUCGUUAAAAAUAUGAACAUAAAAGUGUAUAAAACCCUGUUCAUAUAAAAAACGAAAUUUAAAUUAAUUACGAUGCAUUUCUUUAUAUAUAUACAUAUAUAUGUAUAUAUUAUAAAUAAUGGUGCAAAUAAAAUAGCACUUGUCAGUCUAAAAAUUUAAGAGUUCCACAUACAUAUACCAUUCUUCUAUCUCUCUGCUAGAUCGUUGUGUUCAAGAGCUGUAACUUUAUACAAAGGAACAAACUUUUUUGUACAAUAAUCUGUAAUGAUGCAUCAGUGGUAUGCAAUUAAAAGAUACUUUUGGUUUGAUCAAGCAUGUGAUUUCUUUAGUAAAACAGUAAAGCUGUUUAAAGUAUUAUUUUACGUGUUCUUUAAGUUCAUAAAUAUCGAAAUAGUAAUUUCGCAUUUAUGGAAAAGACAUUCGUUACCGAAUGGUUCAGUAAUGUCAGUCAUCGAUUUUCAUAAAAUUGAUAUAGAACGAUAGGUCUAGACCUUGUGAUACUUUAAUACAUUCGAUUUUCGUAGGAACAGACUUAUCAGCCAAUACUGAUUUUAUUGAAGUCGACGACAGUUAUUACUAACCUUUCCCUUGUAAGACAUAAGAUUCUCAAUGGAAUAACAAAUUCUAUCAGACUGAUAUUAGUUUUGCGAUAUAGGAUUUGGGUUAUUUGCAAUAUAGAAAAGAGACUGCAUUAAGUUCUUUUUGAUUGAUAUUCAGACAGUACAGAAACAUUACAUAUUUUGUGCAUAGUACCAAGUAAAUUAUAAAUCCCUCAUACGAAUCUAUACGAACCUUUCUAUAUAAAUGUUGUGUUUCUUUUUUUAAGUGGUGUAAUUUCUAUUUGUAUGAAUGAUAAAAAAUAUUUUCCUUUAAUACUCAUAUCCAUGUAAUGUUGAAUAAAAAUGUGAUUAGGCACAAUUGCCAUACAAGAAAAUGAAAAUAAGUGUAAAUAAAGAGCAUUACAAUAACGGAAGUGCAAUUCAAAACGCCUAAUAAAUAUUGCUGCUGCUUAAUAUUAAUGUUGCUAUGUUGGACCAAUGCAUACAAGGCGUUUUAGAAAAAAAGAAAUCAAAGAAUGACUGAUUGGAGAUUAGGUAGAACAACUGCCAAUAAAAUAAAGCGGAAUUCACUGUGUUGCUAAUCAGAGGUUAUUAGGAGAUAUGAUAUUAUAAAAAAAAACCUUUUAGAAUGUUAACAAAAAUAUUAUUGUAAUUAGGUAGCAAUUAUCAAUUAAGCAGGGUUUACACAUUUUUUAAACUAAUUGAAUAUUACUAUUGAACUGUUUAAUAUUACUUACCAAAGCUGAUUUUUGAAAUUAGAUGCCGAUACUAACAUCAUUUAAUAUUUGAUAUAUGCCUAAGCACAAAAAAACCAAAUGAUGUUAGCAGUCAGUUUAUUUCAAUUCUCAGAUUGGAUAUAUAAUCCAGUCAAGUUCAUAAAAUGUAAUCCUAAUGAAUUAUAAAAAGAGUGAAAAUGCUACACACAUUACAUGAUUUGUUUACUAUUAUUUUAGGAUAGGUAUUUAUUUGUUCUUUAUAAAUAUGAAAUUAAAUAUACUUACAAAACAAUGUGAAAUUACUUAAACUUUGAUAUUCUGGUUGUAGCUAUAUUACUUUAAAGUACACACGUGUAAAUUAAUUUCUAUGAAUAUUGAUUAUUAUAACUUAAUGCAUUGUCAAAUAAAGCAUAAUGUUGUGGAA